CACUCUCAGUAAACUUCCACCUUCAAAAUGAUGUUGCUCGCAAGAAGCAGUAUUGCUUUUCUAUCUCUGCUGCUAGGGUCGAUUGAUUCAGCAACUAUAUUUUCGACUUAUGGCGGCUAUUGAUAAAGUUCGCGUUCUAGUUGUGGGAGAUUCCGGAGUAGGGAAAACAUCGCUAACGCAUCUAAUUGCGAACAAUGAACCACUCACAUCACCCGGAUGGACCGUCGGAUGUGCCGUGGAGGUUAAACUGCACGAAUACAAAGAAGGUACAACGUCUCAGAACACAUUCUUUGUUGAACUGUGGGACGUUGGGGGAUCCAUAAGCCACAAAAAUACCCGUGGAGUAUUUUACAACCCAACGCACGGAAUUAUUCUCGUCCAUGAUCUCACCAACAGAAAGAGCCACGAGAAUUUGCAGCGGUGGCUGGCGGAAAUUUUGAACAAAGAUGGAAAGGACGCUAUGAAGGGCAGUGAUAUGAUCGAUAUCGAUCCGGAGCAAUUCCUGGGCUCCACUCAGUUUAAACAUUCCCAGAUCCCUAUACUGGUGAUUGGAACGAAACUAGAUUUACUGGACGAUAAUCAUAAGCAUAAAGCUUUCAAGACAUCCGCAGGAAGCAUUGCAGAGCAAUGCGGUGCUGAUGAAAUAUGCUUAAAUUGCCAUGAAGCUAGGAGUCUGGCAGCAGGAACGACUGACGCGGUCAAGUUGUCGCGAUUCUUUGACAAGGUUAUAGAACGUAAAUAUUACAAUCGAGAUACAGGCCGCAAAUAUACUAGCGUAUAUGCUUCAGCGCUUUCGGCCCCAUUUACCAGCUUUGGAGUACCUGUCCUAAGCAAUACGAACACAACAUCCCUUUUCAAUCAAGGUCAACCGGAGUCAGCCACCUGAACAAUAAACACUAAUAUAAAAUAAACUUCAA